GCUGGCGCACCGAAAGAGGACAAACUGGUCAUCCAAUGGGCUCCAGCUCCGCCGGACGCCACGGAUGCUCAGGCUGCUUUCCCGUCGGUUCCACCCGAUCAGAUUCAGUCGCUCACCGUGCCGCUAUCUGCCACGUAGAUAUCAAACGGUUGACAAAUGUGUUGACAGUCGGUGCAUUGUGAAUAAUGAACGUUGCCACUGGCCAGACUUACAGCUGUACACACAUUUACACAGGAUGAUGUUACACUUUUUUUUUGAAAAUGCAAUAUCACUGUGGAACCGCUAG